AAAGACUCUCAAAAAAUUCAAAUUCCUAUAAAAAAAAAACUAAAAACAUGACAGAAGAUUUUAAAACAAAAAAAUAAAAAACAUUUUCUAAACAAUGAAAUGUGAAUGGUGUCCCCGAAAAUGCUUCCCUCGUUUCCCACCAAGCUAUUUUGUGAAUCCUGGCCGAACGGAAUAUCCAAAUCCAGGCAACAUCGAAGACCUACACAGUCGCACACAUCAAAUAAUGCCCAAGUUCUUUGAUGGAGUCGAACUAGGCUACCGCAACAGUUUGGCUCCCGAAAAGACCAUCGAAUUAAAUUGGAUUCUAAGUCACACUAGGCCUUCAGGCUUUCGUAUCGGUGGAGUCUAUUGCACUCGAAAUCAUGCUGAUGUUUUGGAGACUCCAAUGAUUCAUGCCGACAUAAAUCCAAGCUCUUUGUCAUCGAAUAUUGGAUUCGUGUACUAUCCGUGGCAGAGUGUUCGCCUUGGGGCAGCAUUUCAAAAAUCAAAAGCUCUCUUCGACAGAACAUUUACGGCCGAGGUGCAUAGUCCGAGUAGCACGUACACGGUAAAUCUCUACAAUCCCUCCAAGGAUCGGGGUCGGUGCACUUUUUCCGUGUUGCGAAGCGUCACAAACCAUCUGGCCUUGGGUGGCGAAGUGCUGGUCGAAUGGAAUCAACCGAAACACAUGAAGGGUGAUAUAGCUUUGGCAAUGAGGUACGCACGACAUCGGUAUUCGUCGGCAUUGACUGUCUCACGACAGGGAUUCGAUGUGAGUUACUGGCAACGGGUUCACCCGUCCAUUCAGAUGGGCAGCUCAUUGGCAUUCAACAGGAACACCCGCAAGGCCAUUGCUACUGUGUGCUAUCAGUGGGAGUUCCAGGAUGCCACGGUUCGUGGCAUGGUCGAUUCGGAUAUGUCUGUUGGUUUUAUGUACUACAGGACAAUGUCACAUAUCCCGUGUGGGUUCGGACUAAGCCUGCUGUUGUGUGUCCCAAGUAAUCGGUUUACCUUUGGCAUUAAAAUGGAUUUGGAUCCGAAUUUAAAAUGCGGGUAGUUUUGUGGAAAAUGUAUACUUUUUUUUUGUGGUAGACUGGGAGCUUUUUUUUUGUGGAGAUAUUGUUUAUAUUUUUAA